CAGGUCUGGACGUUGAUGGUAUCUACAGAGUCAGUGGAAACUUGGCUGUGAUCCAGAAAUUACGACAUAAAGCUGAUCAUGAGGAGCAGCUGGACCUGGAUGACGGACUGUGGCAGGAGAUCCACGUGAUCACCGGAGCUCUGAAACUUUUCUUGAGAGAGCUUCCAGAGCCGCUGUUUCCCUUCAGCUGCUUCGACAAGUUCAUCGCUGCCAUCCAAGUUGCAGACCACAAUCUGAGAGUGUCCUACAUGAAGGACCUGGUUCGAUCGCUGCCUUUGCCAAAUCAUGACACCAUGGAGCUGCUGUUCAAACACCUGCGCAAGGUGACCGAGCACAAAGACUGCAACAGGAUGUCGGUUCAAAGUGUUGCCAUUGUGUUUGGACCCACGUUGCUCCGCCCUCAGACUGAGUCACCCAACAUGACGAUCCACAUGGUUUUCCAGAGCCAGAUUGUGGAGCUCAUGCUCAAUGAGUUCCAGUUCAUCUUCUCCCAGACGUAGGAGGAUCCUCCUGUUGAAUUUCCAAGAACCAUUAGAUAACCUCUUGGGGGCGCCAGAGCACAUUGAGAAAUGCCAAUAAUCUUCUGAAGUGACAGAGAAGCUCCUUUUACUUUGUGCCUCAACACCUCCUGUCACAUGGUGCCUUUCUAAGCAAAGUCAGACUCUUCUAGAAAACUCUGUGUACAUAAACAUCAUCAUCUUGCUCUAUCAAGAUCAUGCUGCCACAUUCUGACCCUCUCAAAGCUCUGUGACUUACAUAAUACAGGUACAACCUGAUAAGACCCUGCAUCAGUUUGGAACCAGCUUUGCUUCUCGUUCAAAGACCAAACGGCUAAUUAAAAACUACAAAUAUCUCACUUUAAAACAAAAGAUCCACAUUUUUCUAGAACUUUGUAGAACUUGUAGAACACCCUCUCCUCUUUUUUUACAGAACCUGAAACAUGGGACAUGUUGCUUAACCACUGCACAGUAACAAUUUCAGAGGAAACAUCUAGAACCUUGUAUUGUUGUGAAACCUUCAUGAGAAGCGACAGAUCAAACUGAACCAUGGUUCUGUUCGUUUGCAGAGUGAAAACACUUUUUGGGAUAAUUUUGACUUUUGGACCAAUCACAGGAAGUAGAGACAGCAUUAAACAAUAGAAGAAGAAAAAGAUUAAGAAGCAGCUACAGUCUUCACCUCCGACAAUAUAAUGUUUGAACCACAAGGACGUUUAUUUGGUGGAGUACUGUAAUACUGUAGUACUGUGGUUCAGUGGACUACUGUAGUACUGCGGCACUGUAGUACUAUAGAGUACUGUGCCGGAAGGUGCUGAUGCUGCUAGUAAUACCAUCACAAUGCUACCAUGGCAACUUAAUGAAGCUUUAUUCAUUUUCUCCAUUCAAACAGAAAGACUACUGCCCCCCCCACCUGACAACACACUCACGUCAGACUCGUCUUCAAACCAAUCAGAGUCAAGUAUAGGGAGAUGACGCCCACGUAGGUGAUGACGACAGGAUGUGCAUAUGUCAGACAAAAUUCUUUAGUCCCUAAAUGAAUGUGAAACUAAAACUAACAGAUCAAAUGAAACUAUGAACAAAUAUGAAGCUUCAGAACUUGAGACACAAACUCUCAUCCUCUGCCUUUAAAAAGUUCUGUUUACAUGAACUUGGAUGAACCCUGGACAGAGAUUUGAAGAAAAAACUGUCAAACUGUCUCCUGGUUGUGUUUUGUCUCCAUUGAUUGAAAUGUCUCAUGAGCUUUAAACAAAGAAACAUCUCUCUCAGAUAAAGACCUGAAUUUUCUCUCAUUGUGCACAUGAACAGGUGUUUUCAUGUGUGAUGCUAUGUAUCCAUGGAUACCAUCAAACAGUUUCCCCCGGGAACAUCUCAUCAGCUGGACGUCAGAAGUCUUGUUUCUUCUCCAUCUUUAUUUUUAAUCUGACAUCUGAUUUUUGGAAAAUGUCAUCACUGACAGGAGGUGGACUCUGGUCUGCCAGUUGCAAUGACAAUAGUUCAAAGUUAAACAUUUUCCACAGUUUUGAAAUGACAUCCUGUGCAUGAUGAGUUUGAUUUCAAUUAUUGUGAUGAUGAAUUCAUGAGGUGAAAUAAUCCAGAAGAAUUUGUUUCCAGUUUAUAAUGUUCAGAAGAAAAGUGAUUCUCAUCUCCUAAAAUGUUAUUUCAGAUGGAAUAAUUAACAUAUUAUAAGACAACAAAAAUUGAAAUCAUAAAAGUUCAUCUUGUGCUGUCACCAUGAUUAUAAUGAAGUCUGGAACAAUAAUGAAAUUACCAAAGCCCAUGAUGAGUAUUUUUCCUUCACCUCACACUGUGACAAACAUUACAUUGAUUCAUUCUUAAGAAUCUUCUAUCCAAAGUGAAAAAUCGGUUCUUUCAGUCAAAAUAUGGACAAUAUAUGGAGUCUCAGUGAAAUAACAACUCACGAGUUCUGGUAAAAUAAAUUAAUAUUUUUUACAUAAAAUUUUCAUUGUUUUAAACACUGGAUAAAAAAUGUUACUCUAGAUGUGACAGUGUGGUUUUUUUGAGAGUCCUCACAUGACGAGAUAUUAUGUUAUCACGGUUUAACCUGAAAAUGUACAAACUGCUUCCUGUCUUUGUGCUAAGCUAGGCUAAAUGUACCCUGGAUUUAUCUGGACAAGACUGACACUGAAAAAAGUGACAUCCAUCGUCUCACCAGUGUGUUAAAGUGUUACUGUAAAUCUAAAUGAGGGCUUUUGGAAAGUUCUGAGGACCCAGGUUGUUUCCAUGAGGGAAUAUACACAGAGCCACCGGGUUCUAAUGAAACAUUUAAGGAUGAAUGUGCUGUGACGACACAUCUGCAUAAUGCUGUAUGAUAGUGUUGAGUUAAUAUGUAUUAAAGAUGCAGAACAAA